AUGCGCGGUGAUGAUAGAAACAGACGUACCGAAUGGCAUUAUGACGAAGCAAAUUAUAGUCGUGGCAACCGAAGAGGCUCGCAUGUACAAUACGCAUCAGCUCGAACUCACAAUGAUCCUCACUUUGGUCAUCACCGUAUCCAGGAUAGUCGCUAUUGGUAUCAAAAACCAGAGUACCGGAACAAUCUACCCCGUCGAUGUAACCAAUAUUCCGCAUUCAAUCGACCCAAUCACCAUUUCCUUGCAAAAUCCAAACACCUCAAAGAGUACCUUCUGACAUCUCUGAAGUCGCAUAUAGAUAGGAUAGAGGAAUGGUUGCCAGAAAACGAGUGUAACGGUGGGGACAAACAGCUCGAUUCACAUAAUGUUGGAAGUAACGAAGAAAUGGACUGGCAAUCAGAACGGGAACUGGUCAUUGAAGGAUAUGAAUGGAGCUCGGAGGUCUCAUCUCUUAGUCGCAAUACGGGAGAGUUGAAAGAUGUUACUCCAGAUGAUAGCCAUGAGCAGACGUCUAAUAAUAGAACGGAUAUUGAACGCGUGGUUCCGAAUAGAUGUUUGGACGUCGAACUGGAGGAUCAGAGCAACGGUCUUGCUCCUGGCUAA